AUGAAUUAUAUACGAAUAUUGUCCAAAAGUUCUCUUCUUUCAUCAUCUUCUUCAAAUAAAUCUAUAACGCCUUCUGAAGAAGUAACUAAAUUACAAUCUGAAGUAGAAAAACUUAAGCAAACAAUCGAAUCUUUAAAACAAACUGUAGAAAGAAGAGAUGCCGCUAUUGGAACCCUAGCGCGUGAAAAAGAAAAAUUGUACGUUGAACUUAAGACAGCUCAAAGAACUACCAGAAAUUUACACCAGCAAUUAGAAGACGAAAGAGACAUGCACACGAAAGAAAAGGAAUUUUUAAUUGAUGAAAUUAAAAGAAUCGCAAACAAAAACGAAUCGGAGAGUAAUUACAACUAUUACAAUCAAGGAGAUACAAUUGACAGCAUAAUAAGAGAGGAAAUGAGAUCAAAGGAUGAAAUUAUUUGUAACAUUUGUACUAAAUACUUAAAAAUUAAAGAGAGCAAGAAGGCCUUGCUAAGAAACAUUAAAACACUGCAAAGUGAAAGUCAGAAAGUAGGUACUUAUUGAUAAAAUAAAAUCAUUAUUCAUCAUUACUGUUGAGAGUGUUGAGACCAUAAUAUCGGACUAGCUAAUAAUUGAAUUGGUACUUUCUUACAGACAUGUGAAAAUAUAAUAUUACUUUUGGAAGAAAAUAAAAAAUCUCUCGAUGAACUAUUAAGAAAAUUAGUUGAAUAUGGUAAUGUACCACCAGAUAGUAAAAAGUAUUUUAAGAUCCUUCGUCACAAUGCGAGCCUACAUUACGAAAAUACUCAGCUAAAAGUUCGCUUAACAUCCUCAUUGCAUAAGUUUGCAAAUGAUUUAUGUAAAAAUAUUCAUGCAGAAUACAUAGGAAAAAGAAAAGACAGGACUAAUGCUUUUAAGUAUUCAGAAUUAAUUAUGAGAUAUCACAUUAUGAAAUCGAAUAAUCAUUUGUAUAAUGCCUGCAAAAUUACUU